AUGGCUACUGAUCAGCCUGAACUACGCACUCGAGGGCGAUCCUUUUGGGGACAGGCAACUUUGCUUGGAAGUCUGCUAAGCGUCCUAUGUGUUUUAUCAUGGCCUCUAAUCACCAAGGAGUUGAGCUUUUCCCUUCAUGAUAAGACCUCGACCGUCAUCUCGCCAGGAGUAACGACGCCGCUCCUUCGUCGAGACGAGUAUGCAUGCAACGCCAACAAACCUUGUAAAAACGGUGCUUGCUGUGGCACUGGUGGCUAUUGUGGUUUUGGUCCUACAUACUGUGGCGCUGGUUGUCUAUCCAACUGCAAUGCCACCGCAGAGUGUGGAGAGUUUGCAAAAAAAUGCCAAAGCAACUGUGUACUGAACCCGAUGCCACCUGUGGGAACUGCUUCGACAAGCAUUCUGCAGAGAAAAGUGAUUGGGUAUUAUGAGGCUUGGAUGGCUCGCAAGAGCUGUCACAAGAUGACUCCAACAGAUCUACCUUUGGAUGCCCUGACUCAUGUCAACUUUGCAUUUGCAUCUAUCGAUCCAUCAACCUAUCAAGUCGUCACAAUGGACUCUGAAACUCCGGCUAGCCUUUUUAAAGAGACCACAAACAUCAAGUCCAUCAAGCAAGAUCUGUCUGUGUAUGUCAGCAUCGGUGGCUGGACUUUCUCGGACAAUAAUACUGCUACUCAGCCAUUAUUUGGGGAGAUUGCUGCAUCUGAGUCCAAGAGGAGGACAUUCGCUCAAAAUACCGUGCACUUUAUGCAACAGUAUGGCUUUGAUGGUGUCGAUAUUGACUGGGAGUAUCCCGGAGCAGGAGACAGAGGCGGCAAGCCCGAAGACACAGAAAACUAUGUCUUAUUGCUUAAGACCAUGCGCGAAGUAUUCGAUAAAAGUGGAGGUGAUUAUGGGCUGACAUUCACCGCCCCAUCUUCUUAUUGGUAUCUUCGCUGGUUUGACCUCGAGAAAAUGGUCAAAUACGUGAAUUGGAUUAAUGUUAUGACCUACGAUCUUCAUGGGGUAUGGGAUGCGGAAAACCCAAUUGGUAGCAUCGUUCAAGGCCAUACUAACCUUACUGAAAUCAAAACUGCUCUUGAGCUGUUUUGGAGGGUCGACAUUAAUCCCUCGAAGCUUGUGUUGGGAUUCGGUUUCUACGGCCGUUCAUUUACUCUUUCCGAUCCUGAAUGCAGUAAGCCUGGAUGUCCCUUUAAGGGGGCCUCAGACCCAGGACCUUGCUCCAACACUGGUGGCAUGCUAGGAUACUAUGAGAUUAUGAGUAUUCUAGACGGCGCAUCUGGUAAGAAACGAGCGAAGAUCACCCCCACCCAUGACAAAGACGCCGCGGUGAACUAUUUUAUAUUUGAUGAUGACCAGUGGGUGUCUUAUGACGACAAGACGACCUUCAAGCAGAAAGUUGACUGGGCAGACACUAUUGGCAUGGGAGGGGCAAUGAUUUGGGCAUCUGAUCUUGACGACGACAAAUACUCUGCUCACGCUGGGCUGACGGGCAAAAAAAUCAUAUCUACCGCUGACCUUCAGACUAUCAACAAAGCAAUUUCAAAUCCCGAGUCUGUGAUAGACGAUCUGUCCGCAUUUGAUGGCCAGAAAUGUUUCAAGUAUGAUGGAAAGUGUGUCAAUCUCAAUGAUAACGAAGCAAUGUCGAGGGCUUGCGGCGCAGGUAACACUGUGGUUGGAUGGGAUGAUGCUGGUUGUGGAACGUCUAAAUGUCACUGCGGAAAACCUAUCUGUUGCCCCACGAAGAAAGCGCCUAAAAACUGCAUGUGGCGCGGUGACAAUACUGGGACCCCAGGGGUCAGCUCUGACUGCAGCGGUCAGUGUCAGGCUGGUGAAAUCAAUAUCAAUGGCAUUCGGUCUUCAUGGGGCGGAGGCCCUCAGAAUGAUGGUGACACUGAUAAGUGUGGUCGUGGAUACAAGAUAUUCUGCUGUCCUGAUCCAGACUACAAUACGGCCAAAUCCCAAUGUUCCUAUGCAGAUUGCGGGCAAGACUGCCCAGCUGGCAAGAUAUCCGUUUUGACCAAGUACGACAACUGCUGGCGGCAAGGACAAAAAUACUGCUGCCCUAUCGACACAGAACUCAAGAGCUGUCAUUGGCGUGGCGGCGGUGGUGGUUCUGACUGUGCCAAUGCGAAAUGCAAUGCAACGGAGGUUCAAAUUGACCUUGCAACAUAUGGAGAUAAGUCGAAGGCGUGUGACUGGGGUCGUAGCAAAGCCGCAUGCUGUACUAUUACGAAGGCACCUGUGCGUAAGGCGACUUGCAGUACCAACCUAUGCAGUCUCAUGGACGAGUUCUGCCUUGAUGAUGGCGGCGAAAGACAUUUCGACAAGAGACAGGGUUUGUCAAGUGCCCAGUCUCACCGAUCCAGUCACUCCCAUGGACAUAGCCACUCUCAUCUCCAUCACAGGGGAGCAGCAGCAUCCCAAGACCUCAUUGUGGUGGAACCAGAGGAAACAGAUCUUACCAAACGUGGUGCCUCGUCAAUAAAGGAAAUAACCAUGGAAGGCUACAGGAUCACCGUCAGAUUCGCCGGGUGGCCUCCAAUUAGUGAAUUAUUCAAAACUAAGAAGGGCAAGGCUCUCUCGCGAACGGCCUACAGCAUAGCGUCGGGACCUUGUAGUGGACGGUCUUGCAGGGUAUACGACCUAUCUGCGAACCCGACUCCUAAAGAGCUGAAAGGACUUGAAACAGAGCACCCUUGGGAUGUCAGUCAGAAUCCUUUCAACCUUACUGUCCGAGCAAAGCUAGCUAGGCGGCCAGCUGUGGGAGUGGGAGGGGGAGCGGCACCCGCGACCCUUGGCCUCCGUCUUGCCGAAGCUUUCGGUUCUACAAGGAAUCGAUACCCCUUCCUGCCUACUUGGAAGCAGCUCAAUCUUGCCAAGGGACGGGCGCUGAGGCUCGAAAGUCCCGUCAGCAUCGAAAGUAUUCGCACAUCAGUGAGGAGAGCACUACAAUCCGAUACCAAUGAGGAUGUUGACGCUUUAUUUUCGAAGAUUCAAAUGGGAUUGGCCGCCUUUCAGUAUAUGCAAGAGCCCGGAUACCAUGCUCGCUUCAGCAAUGUCCAUCAGGAAAUGUACAGACAGUUAUACUACGGAGAGCAAGCCUGGGGCCAAGACGGUCUUCAGGACUGGUGGGAAGCCUGGUCAGCGGACCAUCUUGAGCAGGUAGCAAGGAUGGCUCAAGAUUGGGCCAGCGACGCGCUUGGUGAAGUGUGGUCAGGAUAUGUUCAAGCCCGGAUUGCUGGUCGGCAUUUGCAGACUUACGACUCGGUGACUCAGCAGCUUCUGGAAUGGGAAGAUGAGAUUGCCAAGUUAUAUGUUCCGAAGCCUGCCAGUGUCCGGUUUCGCAACCCGGACAACGGUGAGGGCCCAAGCAAUUCUUAA